AUGUCAUUAUUUCUGCGUUUCCACAGCAACACCACAGAGGCGGGCGGGACCUACAUUAAAAAGUGCUGUAAAGGAUUCUGCAUCGACAUCCUGAAGAAGAUCGCGAAGUACGUAAAGUUCACCUACGAUCUCUACCUGGUUACCAACGGUAAACAUGGGAAGAAGAUCAACAACGUGUGGAACGGGAUGGUGGGAGAGGUGGUCUAUAAGAAAGCUGUCAUGGCCGUCGGCUCUCUGACGAUCAAUGAGGAGCGUUCUGAGGUCAUCGAUUUCUCCGUCCCGUUCGUGGAAACUGGAAUAAGUGUCAUGGUCUCCCGUAGCAACGGAACCGUCUCCCCGUCCGCCUUUCUUGAGCCGUUCAGUGCGACGGUGUGGAUCAUGAUGUUUGUGAUGCUGUUGUUGGUAACAGCGAUGGCUGUGUUCAUGUUUGAAUACAUCAGCCCUCUGGGCUUUAACAGGAACCUGGCACAGGGUAGAGACCCCCACGGCCCAUCGUUCACUAUGGGUAAGGCGGUGUGGCUGCUGUGGGGUCUGGUGUUCAACAACUCUGUCCCGGUUCAGAACCCUAAAGGCACCACCAGUAAGUUCAUAGUGUCGGUGUGGGCCUUCUUCGCCGUCAUCUUCCUGGCCUCUUACACAGCCAACCUGGCUGCCUUCAUGAUCCAGGAGGAGUUUGUAGACCAGGUCACGGGACUGUCUGACAACAAGUUCCAGAACCCGUAUGCGUACUCCCCUCCGUUCCGUUUUGGGACGGUCCCCAACGGUUCAACGGAGAGGAACAUCAGGAAGAAUUACCCUAACAUGCACGAGUACCUGUCCAAGUACCACCAGACAGGGGUUCAGGACGCUCUGGUCAGCCUGAAGACGGGUAAACUGGAUGCCUUCAUCUACGAUGCUGCUGUGUUGAACUAUGCAGCGGGUCGAGACGAGGGCUGUAAGCUGGUCACCAUCGGCAGUGGAUACAUCUUCGCCACCACCGGCUACGGCAUCGCUCUGCAUAAAGGGUCCUACUGGAAACGCCAGGUGGAUCUGGCUAUACUGGCUAUUAUAGGAGACGGUGAGAUGGAGGAGCUGGAAGCUCAGUGGCUAACGGGGAUCUGUCACCAUGAGAAGAACGAGGUGAUGUCCAGUCAGCUGGACGUUGACAACAUGGCCGGAGUGUUUUACAUGCUGGCUACCGCAAUGGGACUGUCUCUCAUUACCUUCAUAUCAGAGCAUCUCUUCUACUGGAGGUUGAGAUACUGUUUCACUGGAGUCUGUACGGGAACACCGGGACUACUGUUCUCUAUCAGCAGGGGGAUUUGGAGUUGUAUCCACGGGGUUCACAUCGACAUGAAAAAGAAGUCCGAGCUGGAUUUUAGCCCUCAGGCUAACAUGUUGAAGCUCAUCAAGUCAGCCAAACAGAUGACCAACAUGUCCAACCUGUCUGCGUCCAGGAUUAAUUCCCCCAAGCGUGCGGCUGAGUUCAUGCACUCGGCGGGGCCCAUGAUCAUGGAUAUGAUGGCUGAGAAAGGUAACUUCAUCUACGCCGACAAUCGAAGCUACGCCCCUAAAGAGGUGAUCUACGGCGAUACGGGCGACCUCCAGGCGUACCUGGCCAACCGACACAAAGACCACCUGAAUAACUACAUCUUCCAAGGCGGACAGCACCCUCUGACCCUCAACGAGUCAAACCCAAACUCCGUGGAAGUGGCGGUGAGCGCGGACGCCGCCCAGACCAACGCCAAACCCAGAGGCCUGUGGAAGAAGUCCGUGGACACAAUGCGGCAGGGUGUCCCGGGCCCCGACAUGCUGUCCCCCGACCCCCGCAUCUCCAUGAAGACGCAACGAUACCUUCCGGAGGAAGCAGCUCACUCAGACAUCUCUGACUGCUCCAGCCGAGGAGGAGGCGGUUCGUACCAGGACCCAGAAAACAACAAGCACCUGAAGAACAAGGACGGAUUAAAAAAAAGACAGUUGACGUCGAAAUACCCGAGGGACUGCAGCGAAGUAGAGCUGUCCUACUUAAAGACUAAGCAGGGCAGCGGAGGGGGUGGAGGAGUGGGAGGACAGGGACAAGGACAGAUCUACACCAUAGACUCAGAACUCAAUCUCAACUCUGAUCCUUUACACUACCGCGAGAGUCGAGGCCUGGCCGCCGACGACCUGGACUACCCAGAGAUCUACUCUGACCACAACGACAACUACAGGAAGUGUCAGGAUCAGCCAAUCAUCCACCUCAACUCGUCCCCGCUGCACCACACCGACGUCGACCUGCUCCCGGACUCGACUUACUCUAAACACUACGGCGUGAAGGACAAGAGCUUGUCCCUGUCGCCCCACGAGACCAACGACCGUUCCAAACAGACCCACUGCCGUUCUUGUCUGUCCAAGUUCCCUGCCAGUAGCAGCUACACCCCGGGUCACUACACGCCCACAAACACCGCUUCUGUCGCCGCCGCCGCAGCCGCCGCCGCCGCCCGCUCGCCCUACAACCGCUGCGAAGCGUGCCUCCACACUGCUAACCUCUACGACAUCAGCGAAGACCAGCUGCUCCAGGACGCCCUGCUGACCAACCAGGGAAUGCAUCAACAUCAGGACGAGAUGUUCGGCCACUACUGGCCUCAGACGGACGGUCCGCAUGUCCAGAAGAGAAACCGCUUGCGUAUGUCCCGCCAACACUCGUUCGACAACAUCAUGCUGGAGAAGCCUAAAGAAAUAGAUCUGGGGCGUCCGGCUCGCUCCGUCAGCCUCAAAGAGAAAGACCGCUGCUUCCUGGAUGAUUCUCCCUACGCCAACCUUUUCAGCGUCCGCCAGGCCGACAAGCUGUUGGGCUCCAGGUCGAUGCUGUUCAACUUGGAGGAGAACAAACGGAGCAAGUCGCUGUACCCCGAACACGGCUCUGACAACCCCUUCAUGGCGUCUUCGCUGAGGGACGACGCGCGCCUCGUCCACGGACGCAGCUCCUCCGACAUUUACAAACAGCUGGGAGGAGGAGGAGGAGGAGGGCUCAAAACAUCGCAACGCAACGAAAACAAUCUGAGAUCCUCGGUCAAAUCCGCCGCUUCCUACUGCUCCCGGGACGGAGGACGGAUACCAGCCAAUGACAUGUACAUUACAGAGCAUGUGAUGCCUUAUGUAGCCAAUAAGACGAGUUCUUACUCAGCCGCACCGCGAGGGGUACUAAACUCAGCCCAGUUCAGCAAUAGACGGGUUUAUAAGAAGAUACCCAGUCUGGAGUCAGACGUUUAAUUCACUUAAUGAUUAUAAUUAUUAGUAGGUUAUUACGAAGUCUUUCUGCUGUGUUUUAUUAUAGUUUAUAACUAUCUACUAUCCACUUAGGAUGCCAUAGACACACUUAUUCUUCUUAUUCUGCUACUACAACUACUACUACUCACAUGUUAAGCCAGAUAUACGUACCAGGGGAGUUGAAGCUCUCUCUCUCUCUCUGCUGAUCUCUCUGUUCCUUCCAGGGGAGUUGAACCUCUCUCUCUACUAAUCUCUAUGUUCCUUCCAGGGGAGUUGUAGUGAGAGGUUAGGCCCGUCAUACGAUUCAUGGACAGACAGACAGACAGACAGACAGACAGACAGACAGACAGACAGACAGACAGACAGACAGACAGACAGUAGGAGAGGAAUAAGGAGAGAGAGAAAGAGAGGAGGAGGAAUCAGGAGAGAGAGAGAGAGAGAGAGAGAGAGAGAGAGAGAGAGAGAGAGAGAGAGGAGGAGGAAUCAGGAGAGAGAGAGAGAGAGAGGAGGAGAAGUAAUCAGGAGAGAGAGAGAGAUAGAAAGGAGGAGGAAUCAAGAGAGAGAGAGAGAGAGAGGAGGAGAAGUAAUCAGAGAGAGAGAUAGAGAGAGAGAGAGAGAGAGAGAGAGGAGGAGAAGUAAUCAGGAGAGAGAGAGAGAGAGAGAGAGAGAGAGAGAGGAGGAGAAGUAAUCAGGAGAGAGAGAGAGAUAGAAAGGAGGAGGAAUCAAGAGAGAGAGAUAGAGAGGAGGAGGAAUCAGGAGCGAGAGAUAGAAAGGAGGAGGAAUCAAGAGAGAGAGAUAGAGAGGAGGAGGAAUCAAGAGAGAGAGAUAGAAAGGAGGAGGAAUCAAGAGAGAGAGAUAGAGAGGAGGAGGAAUCAGGAGCGAGAGAUAGAGAGGAGGAGGAAUCAGGAGAGAGAUCGAGAGGAGGAGGAAUCAGGAGAGAGAGAGAUAGAGAGGAGGAGGAAUCAGGAGAGAGAGAUAGAGAGGAGGAGGAAUCAGGAGCGAGAGAUAGAGAGGAGGAGGAAUCGGGAGAGAGAUAAAUAGAGAGGGGGAGGAAUCGGGAGAGAGAUAAAUAUAGAGGAGGAAGAAUUAGGAGAGAGAGAGGAGGAAUCAGGAGAGAGAGAAAUAGAGAGGAGGAGGAAUCAGGAGAGAGAGAGGAGGAGGAAUCAGGAGAGAGAUAGAGAGGAGGAGGAAUCAGGAGAGAGAGAGAUAGAGAGGGGGAGGAAUCAGGAGAGAGAGAUAGAGAGGAGGAGGAAUCAGGAGAGAGAGAUAGAGAGGAGGAGGAAUCAGGAGAGAGAGAGAUAUAGAGGAGGAGGAUUCAGGAGAGACAUAGAGAGGAGGAGGAAUCAGGAGACACAUAGAGAGGAGGAGGAAUCAGGAGAGAGAUAUAGAGAGGAGGAGGAAUCAGGAGAGAGAUAGAGAGGAGGGGGAAUCAGGAGAUAGAGAUAGAGAGGAGGAGGAAUCAGGAAAGAGAGAUAGUGAGGAGGAGGAAUCAGGAGAGAAAGAGUUAGAGAGGAGGAGGAAUCAGGAGAGAGAGAGAGAGAGAGAGAGAGAGAGAGAGAGAGAGAGAGAGAGAGAGAGAGAGAGGAUGAAUCAGGAGAGAGAGAUAGAGAGGAGGAGGAAUCAGGAGAGAGAGAUUGAGAGGAGGUGGAAUCAGAAGCGAGAGAGAAAGAGACAAGAAGGAUUCGGGAGAGAAAGAGAAAGAGGGGACUAGGAAUCAGGAGAGAGAGAUGGAGAGGAGGUAGAAUCAGGAGAGAGAUAGAGAGGAGGGGGAAUCAGGAGAGAGAGAGAUAGAGAGGAGGAGGAAUCAGGAGAUAGAGAUAGAGAGGAGGAGGAAUCAGGAGAGAGAUAGAGAGGAGAAGGAUUCAGGAGAGAGAGAGGAGGAGGAACCAGGAGAGAUAGAUAGAGAGGAGGAGGAAUCAGGAGAGAGAUAGAGAGGAGGAGGAUUUAGGAGAGAUAGAUAGAGAGGAGGAGGAAUCAGGAGAGAGAUAGAGAGGAGGAGGAUUUAGGAGAGAGAGAUGGUGAGGAGGAGGAAUCAGGAGAGAGGGCGAUGGAGAGGAGGUGGAAUCAGGAGAGAUAUAUAAAGAGGAGGAGAAGGAGUCAGGUAAGAGAGAGAUAGAAACACGGAGAGGAGGAUGAAUCAGGAUAGAGAGGAGGGUGUAUCAGGAGAGAGAUAGAGAGGAGGUGGAAUCAGCAGAGAGAGAAAGACAGGAGGAGGAAUCAGGAGAGAGAGAUAGAGAGGAGGAGGAAUCAGGAGAGAGAUAGAGAGGAGGAGGAAUCAGGAGAGAGAUAGAGAGGAGGAGGAAUCAGGAGAGAGAUAGAGAGGAGGAGGAAUCAGGAGAGAGAGAUAGAGAGGAGGAGGAAUCAGGAGAGAGAUAGAGAGGAGGAGGAAACAGGAGAGAGAUAGAGAGGAGGAGGAAUCAGGAGAGAGAUAGAGAGGAGGAGGAAUCAGGAGAGAGAGAUAGAGAGGAGGAGGAAUCAGGAGAGAGAUAGAGAGGAGGAGGAAUCAGGAGAGAGAUAGAGAGGAGGAGGAAUCAGGAGAGAGAGAGAUAGAGAGGAGGAGGAAUCAGGAGAUAGAGAUAGAGAGGAGCAGGAAUCAGGAGAGAGAUAGAGAGGAGGAGGAAUCAGGAGAGAGAGAGGAGGAGGAAUCAGGAGAGAGAUAGAGAGGAGGAGGAAUCAGGAGAGAGAUAGAGAGGAGGAGGAAUCAGGAGAGAGAGAGAUAGAGAGGAGGAGGAAUCAGGAGAUAGAGAUAGAGAGGAGCAGGAAUCAGGAGAGAGAUAGAGAGGAGGAGGAAUCAGGAGAGAGAGAUAGAGAGGAGGAGGAAUCAGGAGAGAGAUAGAGAGGAGGAGGAAUCAGGAGAGAGAUAGAGAGGAGGAGGAAUCAGGAGAGAGAGAGAUAGAGAGGAGGAGGAAUCAGGAGAGAGAGAGAGAGAGGAGGAGGAAUCAGGAGAGAGAGAUAGAGAAGAGGAGGAAUCAGGAGAGAGAGAGAGGAGGAGGAAUCAGGAGAGAGAGAGAGAUAGAGAGGAGGAGGAAUCAGGAGAGAG